CUUGCCGGUCUGGUCUUGUGUCUCUGAACUUCAAUUCAACACGCACUCUCUCUCCUCUCUCUCGCUAUCCCACCAUUACUUUUCUCUUUCUCCUUCAAAAUUUUCACUUCAUUGUUCAUUCCCUCUCACCCCCUUUACUCCUCCAUUGCCCCUUCAGCUUCAACCACUUUUGCUGUGAAAGUUUGCUCUUUUCGGAGUUUUCAGAUAAAUCUAAUGCCUUCCAGUUUGUAGUAAGUGUGCGUGAUUGUACUGUGCUGUCUGUUUAUUCCCUUCCACAAUAAAAGCUGAAACAACAACAAUGUUAGCAUACGAUGCCGCUUUUCUCGAUAAAGAGCUAUCUAAACGCACCUCAAUAUUUGGCCUCCCUCUCUGGGUCGUCGUAGGAAUCGUCGUCGGCGCCGUCAUCGUCCUCGCUCUCUUCCUCCUCUCCCUCUGCCUAACCUCUCGCCGCCACCGGCGCCGCCACAAUCCAAAGAAGAUUUUUGAUCCCACAGAUAGUGGCACUCCUGUUGUAUCGAAGGAAAUCCAGGAGAUCGUCCACCUACGUGGCCCCAACCAGCACCACCCUGCGCCACCGCCGGAGAUCCAUGCUGACAUCGGAAAAUCAGAGCACCGAGUCGUGGUGUUUUCCGAUCGGAUUUCUAGUGGAGAGAGCAGGGGCACGGCCUUGAGUGCUUCCGAGACGACGUCGUCUUUUGGUGGUGGGACUGGGAGUGCCGGGCCAGAAGUCUCGCAUCUUGGGUGGGGUAGAUGGUACACUCUGAGAGAGCUUGAAGUUGCGACUAAUGGGUUUUGUGAAGAAAACGUGGUUGGGGAAGGUGGCUAUGGAAUAGUGUACAAAGGAGCACUCAGUGAUGGUACUCGAGUUGCAGUAAAAAACCUUCUCAAUAAUAAGGGCCAAGCUGAGAAAGAAUUUAAAGUGGAGGUAGAAGCUAUUGGUCGUGUGCGGCACAAGAAUCUUGUUAGGCUGCUCGGAUACUGUGUUGAGGGAGCAUACAGGAUGCUUGUGUAUGAGUAUGUUGACAAUGGCAAUCUAGAACAAUGGCUUCAUGGGGAUGUUGGAGCUGUAAGCCCUCUGACGUGGGAUAUCCGUAUGCACAUUAUACUGGGCACUGCAAAAGGAUUGGCCUAUCUUCAUGAGGGUCUGGAACCAAAGGUUGUUCACCGGGAUGUAAAGUCUAGCAACAUACUCCUAGAUCGCCAAUGGAACUCGAAAGUUUCAGACUUUGGGCUUGCUAAGCUCUUGUGUUCUGAGAAUAGUUAUGUCACAACUCGAGUCAUGGGCACAUUUGGUUAUGUUGCGCCAGAGUAUGCCUGCACUGGAAUGCUGACUGAAAAGAGUGAUAUUUAUAGCUUUGGAAUACUUAUCAUGGAGAUGAUUACUGGGAGAAGUCCUGUCGAUUAUAGCAGACCACAAGGAGAGGUUAAUUUAAUAGAUUGGUUAAAAACCAUGGUUGGAAAUCGAAAAGCCGAGCAAGUAGUCGAUCCUAAACUCCCCGAGAUGCCAUCUUCAAAGGCUCUCAAACGGGCACUGCUGGUUGCUCUUCGAUGCGUGGAUCCUGAUGCAACUAAGAGGCCUAAAAUGGGGCAUAUCAUCCACAUGCUGGAGGCAGAUGACCUACUAUUCCCUGAUCCUCAGGAACGCCGGAUCAGGGGAGAAUCUUCACAUUCCAAUCGUGAUCGUCAAGAGAAGAAGGAAUUGAAUUCAGAUAAAAGAAGUAAUGGAGAAGGGAUCACUGAUCAAAGUGAAGCACAUGAUAGUAGUAGAAGUCAUCAUCAGCCAACUGGUUUAACUGGUUGGACGCUUAUAUUCCUAUCAACCUUAUUAGAGUCCUACAUUUAUAAUCCUAUCAAGCUGGAUUUGGACAAACUGGGAAAAUGGUACGUGCUUGUGUAUAAAUAUAAAAGAAGCAAAGAGGAUUGGAUCAAAAAUGAAACGGCAACUUCAUUGAUGGAGGGUUGUGAGAAAAAUACAAACAGGGCGGCCCGACAAGAACACGUGUGUUGUCUGCAAAUUUUUGUCAGUAGUUGAGGUUUCUUCCCGGUGGAAGCAAGAGGAGGACGGAAAGAUGACAAUCAUUUGAUUAGCGGUUGAGGUUAGAAGCUUAUGAACUUGAAUCUAAAAACUUCAGGUCAAAAACAAUUUCUAUGUGGGGUGGGGGACGCCCCCUAUUUUCGAUGAC